AUGUCUCUUCCACACAUCGUCAAAUGGAUCAAUCCCCGAAAUUUUUUAUCUUGUGAUACGCAAGGUCAUAUAUAUACAACAAAUAUAGAAAGUAACCAAUCUAAGAAAAUAUAUCCAAUUACAGAACCGGAAGGUAGAAUAAUUGAUUUAUCUAUAGUUAAUGACCUUAUUGCCUUUAGUUUAUCAAAUGGGAAAAUCCACAUUAUGGAUUUAACUCGUAAUACAAUUCAAGAAUUGACGAAAUUAUGUCCAGAGAAAGAGUUAAUUAUACAGAGAUCUAUUUCAUUCGAUAAUUCAAAUAAUUAUUUGAUUUCAAUUGGUGAUGAUACUCAAAUUAACCUAUUUCAAUACGUAAUAGAAGAAGGAAAUUAUAAAUUUCGAUUGAUCAACAAGAUUGAGAAAUUAUUUUCAAAGAACCCACUUAAUGUUAAAUAUAAAAGAAUAAGUUGGUCACCCGAUUCAGAUCUAGUUACAAUACCGACAGCUUCCAAAUCUCAAACAACUUUAAUUUCAUUACUUUCAAAAUCAAAUAAUUGGAAUAAUAAAAUAAGUUUGGUUGGUCAUGAUUUAACAUGUGAGGUAACGAGAUUCAGUCCCAACAUAUAUAGUGAAACUGAAAAUGAUGAAAAUUUAUACACUGUGAUUGCAUCAGGUGGAAGUGAUAAAACAUUAAGUAUAUGGAAUACAUCGAAAACUACACCAAUUAUAUUACUUCAAGAUUGUAUAGAUGGUGAAAUCCUAGAUUUAAAAUGGGUAAACCAGGGGAAUAAUAUAAUUUUCGUGACUUCCAAUGGUCAUUUUUGUCUUGUUGAGUUUGAAAAAUAUGAAUUAGGAUAUAUUGCAAAUGAGGAGACUGUGGACAAGUUGAAGAAAUUACAAAGUGUGUUGGUUAAACCUUUGAAUUUUAGAUAUGAUUAUGAGUCACUAAAUCAAGGGAAUUUAAGAAGAGCAUUACCUCAAAUUGAAUAUGUUGAUCAAAAAGAUGCUAUAAAAAUAGAUAACCUACCAAAAGAAACUAAAAAGAAAGGUGAAGAAGAAGAAGAAGAAGAAGAAAAGGAAGUCAAAGAAGAAACAAAAAGAAUAGAACCAAUUAUAUCUAUUAAAAAAGGAAGUAUUGAACCCGAAACAAUUCCACUACCAAAGUUAGAUCUCACAGAAACUAACCAAAAUCAUCAACAACAACCAGAAAAACCAGAAAAACCAGAACCAUUACCAAAAGUUAAUUCGGUUAAGAAGAAAUCACAAUCUCCAAUUACCGUCACCGAAACUUCAACAAGACAAUUACUACAAAAUCAAAAAAUAACAACAAAAGACGGUAAAAAAAGAGUACAACCAAUGUUACUAUCGACCAACAACAACUCAACCCAACAACAACAACAACCAAAACAAUCCUCAUCCACACCACAACCACAAGACAAAUCAACAAUGGAAUUCGAAAAAGCAUCAUAUUCAGUAUCAGAUAAUUUUCAUAAAUCAAACAAAAGGAAAAACAUAGACGAAAAUGGUCAUACAAAGAAAUCAAAACGUGAAAUGGAACCAAUUAAAUUUAUAGGAUCAGUCAUUUUAAACCCAAACACAACAUUUUCAAAAUUAAGAUUAGCUAUUCCUAAAAUCCGCUUCAGUUUUCAAUUAAAAUCGAAAAACGAAUCAGAGUUAUUUGUAUUGGAUAUUCGGAAUGGUUCAGGCAAUGAGAUCAAACCAUCUCGUAUUACAUAUUUUAAAAAGGAUAAAGAAGUAUGGUGUGAUUUCAUACCGAGAUAUAUUCAAUUAGCUGCAGAAGGAUCAAACUUUUGGGCAAUAUCAACUAAUGAUGGCACAAUAUUAACUUAUUCACAGAUUUCCGGAAAACGUCUAUUACCACCAAUUAUAAUGGGCUCACCUUUGUCAUUUUUAGAAUCUAAUAAAGAAUUUCUUAUGGCUGUGACAUCAAUUGGAGAAUUACAAGUUUGGAACAUCAACACCAAAAAAUCUAUUUUGAAAUGUUCUAUUUCGACAAUACUUGAAUUGGGUAAUAAAUUUCAAGAUGAUGGAUUGUUGAAAGGUGACAAUAUUACAAUGUGUGCCAUCACAUCUUCUGGAACUCCAUUAGUCACAUUAUCAAACGGGAGUGGAUACUUAUACAAUUCAAACUUUGAGACAUGGCAAAGUGUAUCUGAAUCAUGGUGGUGUUUUGGCUCUCAUUACUGGAACAGCAAUGAAAAGCCACAAACUACCGAUCUUUUUGGUAAGGGACAGGAGAGUAUCAUAGAGUUGUUGGAAUAUAAGACAAAUGAAGAAGUGAUUAGGAAGACUCGAAUUGGUCGAGGUAAAUAUUUCAACAAGAUUCUGAAAAAUAUGAUCAUGAAAGAGGGGUUUGAAUCUUUGGAGAAUACGAUUCUGUUGAGUCAUUUAGAGAAUAGGAUUUUAUGUGCUGAGAUUUUGAGAGAAGAUUCUGAUUUUCAUAAAUUUUUCAUUGUUUAUAUUCAACGAAUUUGUGAAUUAGGUUUCAAGACUAAAUUGUUUGAAAUUUGUCUGGAAUUGUAUGGGCCCGAUAAUGAUGAUUAUAGAGAGGGGUGGAAGGGAAGUAUUUGUGGUUUUGAGAAGAGAGAACUAUUGAAAGAGGUUAUUAAUUUAUGUUCUGGUUUUAGAGAUUGUCAAAGAGUUUUAAUUCAUUUUAGUAAGAAAUUGAAUUUGAUUGAAUGA